CUUGUUUCAGGAGCUGGUGCCUGUCCUGUCGGAAGAGGCUGGGGUUGCAGUGGAUUGUCAGCAUGGAAUGACCCUGAUGGUCAGCAGCACAACUGAACACCAAGAGCUUUGCAGGGUCCACUAUCAUUUUGGAGAGUUUGGGAACUAUUCUCUGAUAGUCAGGACUGACCCCAGCAGCCAGAAGAUUUCGUGCAACAUCGUUAUCAAUCAAAAGCCAGUCAACAGCUACCUCCCUAUUUUCUUUGCAUUUCUCAUCUAUAUGGGUAUCUUCACUAUCUUGGCUUUGGGACAGUUUUGUAUAAAUAUUGAACCAAUCAGGAAUUGGCUUUACAAGAAGAUGAAUCCAAGAGAAACUGAUCGUCUUAUUAAUUCAGAGCUGGGCUCCCCAAGAGAGACUGAUUCUGUCAGCAGGGAUUUGCCCCCGGGGGUGUGGAGCACAGGCCCCGCCAUGCCAAGACUUCGUUCCCUGGACACCUUCAGAGGGCUGGCUCUUGCAAUUAUGGUCUUUGUGAAUUAUGGCGGAGGGAAGUACUGGUUCUUCAAGCAUCAGAGCUGGAACGGACUCACUGUAGCUGAUCUUGUCUUUCCAUGGUUCGUGUUCAUCAUGGGCACCUCCACGGCUCUGUCGCUGAGUUCCAUGCUGAGGCGAGGCUGUUCGAAGGGGCAGCUGCUGCUGAAAAUCCUCUGGAGAAGUUUCCUCCUGUUCCUGAUUGGGAUUGUGGUUGUGAACCCAAAUUACUGCCUUGGGCCUUUGUCCUGGGAGAACCUGCGAAUCCCAGGGGUGCUCCAGCGACUGGGCUGCACGUACCUGGUGGUUGCGGGGCUGGAACUUGCCUUUGCCAAGCCUGUGCCUGACAGUGCCAGCGUGCAGGAAGCCUCAUGCUCAGCUGUCCGGGAUCUGCUGGCCUCCUGGCCCCAGUGGCUCUUCAUGAUGGGGCUCGAAGCAGUCUGGCUGUGCUUAACCUUCCUGCUAAACGUACCUGGGUGCCCCACAGGUUACCUUGGGGCUGGAGGCAUCAGUGACCAUGGGAAAUAUCCCAACUGCACCGGAGGAGCGGCCGGCUACAUUGACCGUUUGCUCCUAGGAGAGAAACACAUCUAUCAACACCCCUCUUCUAGCGUGGUGUACAUGACAACAAUGCCCUUUGACCCUGAAGGGAUUUUGGGAACCAUCAAUUCUGUCAUCCUGGCCUUUCUGGGACUUCAGGCAGGGAAAAUUCUCUUGUUUUACAAAGACCAGCACCGACAGAUAAUGCUCCGCUUUUGUGUGUGGAGUGUAAUAAUGGGGGCCAUUUCUGCUGUCUUGACCAAAUGCUCGACAGAGGAAGGCAUUAUUCCUGUGAACAAAAACUUAUGGUCGCUCUCCUAUGUGACCACCUUGAGCAGCUUUGCCUUCCUCCUGCUGCUGCUGAUCUACUGCCUGGUGGAUGUCAAGCAGGUGUGGUCAGGGGUUCCCUUCUUCUUCCUUGGCAUGAACUCAAUUCUCAUUUACGUCGGCCAUGAGAUAUUUGAAGACUACUUUCCAUUCAAGUGGAAGAUGCGGGAUGCGCAGUCCCACAGCGAGCACCUGGCUCAGAACCUCACGGCCACUUCUCUGUGGGUCGUCAUCUCCUAUGUCCUCUACCGGAAGAGGAUAUUCUGGAAGAUCUGAUGGAGCAGCCGGGAAAGGCAAAGGAACAGCAGACAUGCUGAAGCAUCAUCUCCACCCACCACACUGACUUGCUGUUUUUUUGGAAAAAGGGAUCGUGUGUUUGGUUUACAUUCCAAAUAACCUUUAACUGUAUAUUGAUAGUUUCCUAUUUGUUGACUGAUGUGCCAUUUAUUAAUGCCUUUUUCAAAUGUCCUACAUAUAUUUGAUAUAUUGCUGCAUUUUUAAAUAAAGAUGCCAAACAGCUUCUAGGCAGAAAA